CUUCACCAUGGCGAACCAAAACGGCCAAACAGACCAGCAACUGCGUCCUCCCACACCGGACUACAUCACAAUGGGGGGUGACGAUGAUGGAAUGGAGACGCCCCGCCUACAGGAAGGCAUAAAAGCAAAGCCAAAGCGCAUCAUAGUCUGCUGUGAUGGAACGUGGAUGGACUCACUAGGGAAGAGGGGAGAAGAACCACCAUCAAACGUCACCCGCAUCUCACGCGUUCUGCGCCGGACAUGCUACGACGGAACUCACCAAGUCAUCGCCUACGUCCCCGGCGUGGGCACAAGUAACAAGCUGGAUUCCAUUACCGGCGGCGCCUUUGGUAUGGGACUGGAUCAGGACAUCCGCGAAGUCUACAAUUUCAUCUGCACCAACUACGUCGACGGCGACGAAAUCUUCCUCAUUGGCUUCUCCCGAGGCGCCUUCACCGCCCGUUCCACCGCCGACAUGAUCGCCUCUCUUGGCAUCCUCAUGCCCGACGGUCUCGACCGCUUCUACUCCAUCUUUCACGACUACAUGUACAUGGGCACCCCCUCACGGAACAAGACCGAGUUCGUCGUGCCCAACCUGCCCGAGUACAAAGGGCAAAAAGGCCAGGCCAAGAUCGAGUGGGAGGCAGAGCGCAUGAAGACGUACAAGGAGCAGUUGAUCGAGCUGGGCUACACGCGGGACAAGUUCAGCGACAAGAAGACGGACAUCACCAUCAAGGCGCUGGGAGUGUGGGAUACCGUUGGCGCUUUGGGGAUCCCGCCUGCGCCCGUGAUUGGAGUCAGGGGGUCGUCUAACCAGUGGGCUUUCACUCACACGCAGAUCUCCGAUAAGGUGGAGCAUGCUUUCCAGGCUUUGGCGCUGGAUGAGCCCAGGUAUGCGUUCCGCCCGGCCUUGUGGGAGCGGUUACCGGGUAGCAAGACGAAUCUGAAGCAGGUGUGGUUCCCAGGGACGCAUGCGAAUGUUGGAGGGGGGUGGUAUGAUCAGCAGAUUGCUGAUAUUACGCUUGCUUGGAUGUGCGACCAACUCUCGACCCUGGGCGUCGAAUUCAACCUCAAAAGGAUGCACUCCAUCUUCCUCGACUCCCUCCGCUACUCCGCCGCCCACCCCUUCCCUUACUCCCCGCCUUCCUUCACCCAAGCCCUCCUCACCAAAGGCAAAUCCACCAUCUCCAAACUUCUCACCAUCGGCAAACCCUCCUCUUUAUCCCCGCGCCCCUCCUCCAUUUCAAUUCCAUCCCCCAUUUCCCCCCGCCAAUCCACCUCCACCACUUCCUCUUCCAUCUCUUCCUACUCUCACACCAAAUCCCAUUCCCACUCCAAAUCGCACUCCCUCUCCACCCCAACCAACACAAAAGGCACACCCGCCCUCCCCUGGGCCCUCCCCCCCAUCUUCCACCCUCCCCCCUCUUCGUGCUCAACAGGUCCCUUCUUCCACGACUCCAAAGAAUGCACCCCCCUACACAUCCACUCCCACCCCCCUCUCGCCUCCACCCCUUCCGCCCUCCUCUCUCUCGGCGCCCGUCCCUGGGGCCUAGGAACCCUUCGCAACCCAGCCAAUACAAGUCUAGCUACCCUAGCGGGGCGCACCGUUCGGCGCCCUGGACUCUUUUUGCGGGUCGACGAGGACAGCAAUACCGAUACGCCUUUUCCGCUUUUAUCCACCGGGGAAACAAUACAUUCGUCUGUGAGGGUACGCUUGACGUGUGGUGGACUAGGGCCGGAUGAUAAGGAUGUUUGGGGGUGUGAUGCUUUGUUGAAGGGACAAGACGGGAAGCCGUUGUGGAAGUUGGAACGGGGGUGGGGAGUCGGCAAGGAGGAACAAGCAAAAAUAGAGGGGUUUGUGCCUAGGGAGGUGGGGGUUUGGGGGAUUGAGGCGAAAGGAGGCAGGAAGAGGAGUGGGUCAAGGGUAUACCCCACGGAAGGAUUAUACCAAGUCAAAAAAGAGGAAAUGGCGUGGCGGUGGGUUUAUAUAGGGGAUGAAAAGUCGGUGCAGACGGGAACGGGAAGUGGGAAGAUUGUGUUUGGCAAGGGAGUGCGGUUCCCGGAUCGAAAGGUGUUGGCGGAGGAGCCGGUGGUGGGGUAUUGGGAGCGGUAUCUUUUGGGCAUGUUGACUGCGCCGGGUGAGAGGGAUGUGUGGCGGUGGGCGGCGGAGAGGGGGAUGGAGAGGGAGAAUUUGAAGGGUGGUGGUGGUGGUGAGGAAGGGGUGUUGGCGGAGGUUAGUACGAAUGAGAGAUUGAAUGGGAGGAUAAAGAGUAUCAGUAAUGGGACGGGAAAUGCAAGUGCCAAGGGACAUACCAAGGCUGCGCAUAGUGUUGGUUAGGGACAGGGACAUUGUGGCGAGCUGUGCUGGUAGCUUGGUGAUGGCGUGGGGAGAUCUUACCUACUGCUUUUUGAGCAUCGGAUUAUGAUUUAUGGCUAGCCUGGUGUUUAGGGAGUUUUUCCGGUUCUCUGCGUUCAGUCAUGGAUAUUUCAUGGAAGAAACGAUAUAGUCAUUUUUGGCUAGU